CAGUUAAUAAACAAGAAGGAUCCGAUGAAUCAAUCCUACCGUCCCUAGUGAUGUAUUCUCGAUGUUCGCGCUGCCUUUCUUCAAGACGCCCGCCUUUUGGCUGCUGGCCGUCUUUCUCGGCGUCCAUGGUGUGAUUGGGGAGGUUGUUCUUUCCUCCUUUAAAUCACGACCUGAUCUGUACCCCCCCAAGUUCACUGUUGAAACGAAGGUCAAGGACAAGGUCGCUCCGGGAUACUUCUUUGUCACACCCUACGAGGCAGAUAACCCGGGUCCUUACAUUUAUGAUAAUGACGGUGGGGCGGACCAUAUCUGUUUUUUCCAGGGCAACCAGCAGAAGGGCUACUGCCGUGGCCACGGUGUGAUUCUAGACAACUCAUACCGGAUUGUGCGGUCGGUGCAGCCUGGCGGUGGCAUGGCGUCGAGCGACAUGCACGAGUUCAUGCCGCUGGGUGACGAUGGGGCGACAGCGCUGAUGACCGUCUACCAACAGCGGCAGUUCGAUAUGAGCACCUGGAACGUCAAGACGGGCAUGGGCUGGCUGAUGGAGAGCAUCUUCCAGGAGGUCGAUGUCGAGACGAGCCAGGUGCUUUUCGAAUGGCGGGCCAUCGACCACGUCGAUCCCUCGGCCAGCUACACCUGGCCCGACCACACCGACACCUCGGGCAACGGGCUGGACCCGCACUCUCCCUGGGACUUUUUCCAUAUCAACUCGAUCGACAAGAACGACGAUGGCGACUAUCUCAUUUCCUCGCGGCACACCUGCGCCGUCUACAAGGUCUCCGGGCGCAACGGCUCGGUCCUGUGGCGCCUACAUGGGGCCAACCCCUCCUUCAAGAACAUCAACUUUAGCUUCUCACAGCAGCAUGACGCCCGCUGGCUCUCCGAUAACGCCACCCAUACCGUUCUCUCCCUCUACAACAACGGCUACAACGGUUUCAACCGCACCCACCAAUUCUCCUCCGGCAUGAUCAUCGAGAUCGACCAUGAGAAGCGGACCGCCACCAAGAUCCGCGAAUAUUACCCGCCGGGAAAGAGGAUGCUCAGCUCCAGCCAGGGCAACGUACAGGUGCUGGCCAACAAGAACGUCGUCAUGGGCUGGGGCAACAACCCUUACAUCUCCGAGCAUACCGAGGACGGCGAGCUGGUCUUUUGGGGGUACAUCGCCAAGGACCAUAUCAUGAACUACCGCGCGCAGAAGUUCGAGUGGGAAGGCAACCCCACCGACGUGCCUGCCCUGUGGGCGUAUGCCAAGGCCGACGAUGCAUCCGCCUCGAUGACCCUGUACGUGAGCUGGAAUGGCGCGACCCGCGUGCGCAGCUGGCGCUUCUUCGGCGCCCCCGAACAACAUGCCGAGUACCUUCUCCUCGGCGAGGCGACCAAGACUGGCUUCGAGACCAAAUACACCCACUCGACCUUUUAUCCAUGGACCUACGUCCAGGCAAUCGACGCCGACGGCCAGGUCCUUAGCUCCUCGGAGCUCAAGUACACCUUUGUUCCUGGACCCGAGCUGCGUGAUUUUUGCGGCGACGAGUCCUGCGACAACACUAAGCGCUAUGGCUUGCCGGGCGAUGACAAUGCUAAGGUUAUUGUGCCCCCCGCGGGCAUCAAAACGGUGCCCUGGGUAGGCGAAACGGGCGAACUGGACGAGAGCACGGUGCCGGGACCCCUCAACUCUUCUUCUUCCCCUUCUUCCUCUUCCUCCUCUUCCUCCUCCUCUUCGUCGUCUUUUACCGCUGUUCGGUUGAAUAUUCUGACCUGGUUUAUCGCAUUGUUACUAGUCAUCCUUUCCGUCGCCAUGAUCUUCACCAUCCUCCGCUACUGCCGCCCCCAGCGACACUUGCCUUUCACGCGCCUGACAGUCUGGCAGACCGCCCAGACCGAGGAAUUGACAGGCAAGCGCAAGUGGACAUCGGCCGUUCGGGUUCCCUGGUGGCAAUGGCGAACAUGGAAAUGGAGGCAACGGCAGGAGCCGGAGCAUUCAUAUUUUGCCCUCCUCGGUCCCGGUUUUUUUCUUUGUCUCACUUCCUAUUACUGGGCCAUGUCCAGUGCAACCACCCCAAGCAAUAGUAAUAGUGGUGCUGCAGCAGCUGCAAGUACGACGACGGCUCAGCCUCUUACUCAUCUAAUGACGCCAGCUGGUCAAUCCUCCUCCUCCUCUUCUGUCUCCCAUCGCGAUCGCUCGCAUGGCCAUGCCCGUACAACUUCCUGGUCAACCGCCCGCGAGCUCGCUGAACAGCAGCAACAGCAACAGCAACAACACCGCCGGCGUCUAUCAACGGUCUCGCUCGUCGAUCAGCAGGAUAACACCUCCGUCGACGACCUGGCUGCUGAGAUAAGCGACAAGGACGACCACCACCGGUCCUCCAUGGAAUGGCGACAGCAGCACCAGCAGCAGCAACAAGCGCUGCCGCCGGCCCUCGCUGCCUCUGCCUCGUCGACGACGAUGUCGACGUCAAAAUCAUCAGCGGUGACAUGGAUGUCGUUACCGCGCAAGAAACAACUGACCCUGCUGGGUCUGUGCCGCGUCUUUGAUUUCCUCCAGAUCGCUUCGCUGCAGGCCUACAUGUUCUACCAGCUCAAGUCGUUCGAUCCCGCCUUGUCCGACUCCGAUGUAGCCACCCAGGCCGGCAUCCUACAAGGCGCCUUCACGGCCGCCCAAUUCGCGACCGCGAUUCCCUGGGGCCGUGCUGCCGACGCACAAUGGGGCGGCCGCAAGUUCGUCCUCCUCGUCGGCCUCUGGGGAACCGCCGCCUCCUGUCUCGGCGUCGCCUUUGCGACCACCUUUGCCCAGGCCGUCUUCUGGCGUUCCUUUGGUGGUGCCAUCAAUGGUACCGUCGGUAUCAUCCGGACCAUGAUCGCAGAGAACGUCAAGGAGAAGAAGUAUCACUCGCGCGCGUUUUUGAUCUUGCCUAUCGGUUUCAACAUUGCUGCCUUGUUCGGUCCAGUCAUGGGUGGCAUGCUCUCCGACCCUGUCCACAGUUUCCCCCGGCUGUUCGGUCCCAACUCGUCCUUUGGCGGCGAGAACGGUGUUCAGUGGCUGCUCCGGUAUCCGUAUGCGCUGCCCAUGCUGGCCAACGCGUUUUUCCUGGCCUUUUGCGCCGUUCUCGUAGCUAUUGGAUUGGAAGAGACCCUCGAUACGUGCAAAGGGAAGCCCGGUCUCGGGACCUUCCUCCUGCGAAUCUUCUCGCGCGGCCUUCGCACCAUCGUCCCCCGUUCCUCCUCGCUGUACUCGCGCCUCCCCCUGCAGGAUUACGACGAAGAACCCUUACUCAACCGGGACGUGGAUACCGAGAGCUACGAGUUGGAGGAAAAGGCCAAGCCGAAACGCCUGGUGCGCGUUCUACCCUUCCGCCGCAUCUGGACGAAAAAUGUCCUCUGCACGCUGCUCGCCCAGGCUUUCUUUGACUUUCAAAUGGGUGCCUUCAAUAAUCUUUGGCUGCUCUUCCUAUCCACCCCCCGCUUCGACAGCAACGACCCCGCCGCCCCCGCGCAGCACCUCCCCUUCAUCUUCACAGGCGGACUGGGCAUGCCGCCGCAGACCGUGGGUUUCGCGACGGCGAUCCUGGGUGUUAUCGGCAUGAUCCUACAGUUCACCAUCUAUCCAUCCAUAAACAGCCGGCUGGGCACGGCCAAGAGCUACCAGUACUUCCUGGCUCUGUUCCCGCUCGCGUACGCGUUCGCGCCGUACAUCGCCGUCGCGCCCUCGUCGACUGCGCCCCCGACCCAGGCGUCCGGAACCUGGGUCUGGUUCUCCAUCAUCCUCGUCCUCUUCCUGCAGGUCACCGCGCGAACCUUCACGCUACCGACUUCCAUCAUCCUGCUGAACAACUGCUCGCCUCACCCGUCCGUGUUGGGCACGAUCCACGGCAUCGGCCAGUCUGUUUCCUCUGCCUUCCGCACCAUCGGCCCCAUCUUCUCGGGCUCCUGGUACGGCUUUGGUCUGGAUAUCGGCGUGGUCGGAUACGCGUGGUGGCUCAUCGCACUGGUCUCCGUAUUUGGCUAUUUAGCUGCCAUCUUCGUCUAUGAAGGGUCCGGCCAUGAGAUUCUCCUCCCGGGAGAAGAAGAGGAGAUGGAAUACACACGGUAAAUUAUCGUGUUCCCUUGCAUUUUUUUGCAUUGUUUUAGCGUUCUUGUAUAUAUAUAUAUAUAUAUUCAUAUGUUUAUAUAAUUCGGAUGAAUUGAUAGAUUGAUAAAUUACUUGUAUAAUGAUAUUAUAAUC